AUGUUCCCCCAACCCCCAAGCAGCCCUCCGGCCCAUACCUCGCGGCUCCACCACCAGCCUCAAUCAUGUCGGGCCCGGCCCCGGGACAAACUACAUGGCAAGUCAUCCUCAACCGUCCGGCACCCCGCAAGCCCAGAGAGCAAAGAACGGGCUUGCAAGGCAGAUUGCAAGGCGGAUCAAGAGGUCGCCCUAGCAAAUGCCAAGGGAAACAAGCGUCAACGCGAGGCCGACCGGAAGGCAGAGCGUGAAGAGGCCAGGCUUGAGUGUGCGGAGGACGCCCGUCGGCACGCGGCGGAUCAGGCCGCCCAGGAGCAAUCCCGCCAUGCUUGCGUUUAUGGCGAACUUGGGGGCAAGACCCACUUAGGAGAAAUUCUAUCGAUGAACAGCCGCACCCCACUGCGCCCAGUCAUCCAGCUGCUCGGAUCACCCCCACACCUCAUCUUCCAGCUCGCAGAAGCCAUGGCCCAGAUCAUCCACUCCCACAUCCGCGCCUUCCUCGCCAACGGGCCACCCCAGUGCCACUGCCAGCGAUCCCAACUGCCCCUCAAGACCAUCCACCUCGGCUUGCACCAGGUCGGAACACUCCAGUCCUCAGCCACCCUCGGCCGAUUCGCAUCCAAGCUCAACCACGCCCUCUCCCCCCUCACCAUCCUCAGGCUCGUCGACCUCGCCCGCCACGCCCAGCGCUGGGACCUCGCCGUCAUCUUCCUCGACCGCUCCCUGGCCGAACCCGCGAUCACCAGCGACCCCCGUCUGGCCAACCGCCGAUCCGGACAGGUCACCGCCCUGCUCCACUUCCUCCGCCGCCACCAGCCGCCCCCAGAGCCCGAGCUCGACCCGCUCAAGCUGUGGGCCAUCCACUUCAUCUGCCAGUCCAUCGAAUCCAGAAUCAUCAGCCCUCCUCAUCCCCAGUGGGCGCCGAUCAACCGCCUCAGCUUGGACGUCCUGACCCGCUACGCCUCCAUGCCCAUCGGAUUCGAUCGCCGGCUUAAAAAACACCAAAAAACAACACCCCAAACUUACCCCUGCCUCGACCUCACGCGCCAUCGGAUCCUGCUCGACGCGAUCAACCAGUCGACCAGCGAACUCGAGUUUGCCGUCCUCACCCGGGAACGCUGCGAGCGACUCCUCAGCAAACUCACCCGGCUCACCAUCCAGCACCCGGCAAGCAGCCAGCCGUGGACACGACGCAGUGCGCUCCAGCUGCGACUGCUCGAAUAUCUUGCCCGCCAGGGCACCCACCAGCAGUUCGACAGUCUGGCGGCCAACCCAGAGCUGAUCCGCCACACGCUCUCCCAGCUCGACCAGGAGGCCGACCAGCGCCCGGUCAUCGACUUCCUCCUCCGCCCCCGCCAGCCCCUCGACACCCUCCGGGCCAACCUCGCGAUCUGUCUCGCCAGCCUGCCCACCGAGCGCGACCGUCGGAUGGCCAUCUACACCCACCUCCUCUUCCGCUGCUCCCAACUCCCCUCCCCCUCCCUGGCACUCUCCCUCUGGGAAACCAUCAACCGCGACGAACGCAGGCGCAGUCUCAUCAAGCUCGGCCGCCGCACCCGCGCCAAACUCAAGCACCUCCUCAGCGCCACCCAUCCCACCAAGACCGACCCCCUGGCCAUCACCCUCUCCCCCGACACCCUCCCCCACCAAACCAUCCGCUCCAUGAUCUACGUCUACAGAAACCUCACCCAUGCUCCCAAAUCCGCCCUCCCCGUCCCCCCGGCGACCGGCAAGCACUACCGGGCCAUGUACCAACGUCUGGCGCUCAAGGGCUCCCAUCGGGCCCGCUGGCCCCUCUCCCGCGCCCAGGCACGCACCCAUCUCGUCCUCCAUCUCCUCAAGACCGAGCUGCGUCGGCUGCCCCCGGGAAAGCCCUCGUCCGAGUACGCCAUCCUGCGCGCACUCGAGCACAGCUUCGUCGGCCCGCACGGGGACCUCAACGGCUUCGAGGCCGCCCUCGCCGCCCUCCUGCGCGCCAGACCCUCCGCCACCCUUCGCGAGACCGUCCUCCUCCGGCGACUCGCCCACCUCGAAGCCGUCUCCUCCUCCGUCACCGGCCCCUCGUCGUCGUCGCACAGGACGCGGGACGUCUCGAUAUUCGUCCUCCUCCAAUUGGUCUCAUUUGGCGCGGCUGAUAUCUCGUUUUGCAAGUGCAUGUGCUUUACCAACUAUACGAUUGUACCGCUAUACAGACCGAAGGACCUAUCUAAGCCUUGCUUAACCUGCACGAAACAGUUCUGCUUGGAUCAGAAACUCUCGAUCUGUCAGGAUGCUAAGCUGGGUAAUACUAAUCUGGAUACCGGGACGGGUGAUGAAGGGGAUAUUAGGACUAAAUGCUUUCAACGUGAUUCGACUAAAGAUCAAGUGAUCGUCGUCAGCUUCAUAAUCCUCACAACAAUUUUAUUGAUAUCUGCAUUGGUCAAAGAACGUAUCUAA